CACAGCCAAGCGCGCCUGCUCCGAUGGACAAAACAGUGUCUCCUACUCCAGCGAGCAAGGAACCGGCACAAGAGCGCUCGCCCGACCUCUCCUACUCCUUGUUCCCGGCUCCUAUGGACUGGUCUCAAUACAUUGAUGAUACACCACCCAAGCCUAAAUCUAGCCUCAAGUCUGCCCUCAAGACCACACCCAAGGCUCCAACCGCAGCUCCCGAGUCUCCAGCCGAUACACCGACUCCCGAGGAUUCUGCCGCGCUCAGAACCGAAGCCAGUGUGCCCCGAGGCCGCAGCACCGCCCAGGAAGCGGCCAGUACCUCCACCCCGAUGCGGAAAAAGCGCAAGCGGGCCCCUUCCCCUGAUGUGAUCCCUAACCCACCUGGAUGUAGCUACGGUCUACACCCGGACUAUUUCGGUUACAAUUCUGACAUUGACGAUGAAGGAGACGACGAAGACGAAGAACUUGCGCCAGCAACCGAACCCCAAAGAGAGGAUGAGAAAGGAAAGUCUGCUGUCCGCAGUAUCCUUCGUUCCGAGCGCCCAUUGUCGAAGAGAGUCCGAUUUGAUGCGAGCCCCCAGGACACUCCAUCCAAGCUUAGGAUGAAGCCCCGUGCCACCGACCCGUACACUGGAGAGCACUUCAUCGGCAUGGAUAUUUCUCCCGAGUCCAGUAACUCAAUUCCAACAGUGGCUCCCACCCCGAACCCCCAGGCCAAGCAGCCCACCGUUUACCCGGAUCCUCGAAGUCGCCCAGGCUUCGUUCCCAAUCGUGAUGACGAUGAGGCUACCACACCAGGCUUUGUUCCCAACCGCACCGGUACAUUCGAGACUCCCUAUUCGGACGACCCUUCGGAGCCCAGUGCUUCCGCCCCUGAUGCUGUGCCCGACGCACAGACUGCCGAACAAACUGAGACUCCGUCGCAGCCUGACGCUACUGAGAUCACGCCUCUGGAAGAAAAACAAGCUAUCGUUCCUCCUUCGACUCCAGCCAAGGUUGAAGAUGAAGCUCUUGCUAGGGUUCGCUUGCAAGCGGAGAAGUACAAACCCAAGACGCCAAGUGGACUUCGCACUGCGAGCCGCUAUUCCACCCCCUCGACCAUUGCUGCUACUCCUGACGCUAUUUCCGCAUUGGUCCCCGCCCCCGCAUCCGUCCCCGCUUUCGCACCUGUUCCCGCUCUCGAUUUCGAGGGUGCAUCCGACGCCGAAGACUUUGGUGAUGAUCAGUUUGCCCGUGAUGCUCAGUGGCUUUACGAGAACUGUCCUACAGGAGACCUCUCCGAGCUCGUCUGGCCGGAUGCCGAGAACUACGAAGCCAUGGGCUUCAGUACCGAGGCAGUCCGCAUCGCUAACGAGUUGUGGGAUCCUUCAGUGGUUGACCACGCUUACGAUAACAUUUGGACUCCCGGUUUGGAGGCGUUCAGACGCGAAAUGGAAACCGUUUCCUCGCACGCUACACUCACAUAGACUUCUUUAGGUUGUCGUUCCUCAUGUCCAUGGCUCUGGGUAUUACAAUCGUCUUCACUCAUAAGUCCUGGUCAAUAUCAUUAUGGCCAAAUUACAGUCAGAUCAGUACGGUCGAUAUCUGCAUUUGAAUGGUUGUCAGGCUAAUUACACGUCGUUGAUCAUAUCUUCUUUGCCACAAGAUUGUGGCUACCUCGUUGGCAUUGCUGUCAGGCUUAUCACGUCGUUGAUCAUAUCUUCUUUACCGCAAUCUUCUUUGCCGCAAGACUGUGGCUAUCUUCAUCAUGGUGGAAUGUUCCUCGGCUUUGAAUUGUUCAAGGAGUUUGUGAUACCAUCGCUUUUUUUUUUGUUUGAUUUAAUUUGCAAAGCAUUCUCGGUGUUGUCUGUUUUUCCAAACCGCUUUGCGUGUAUCGAGUUGCACUAGCGUUUUAUUAUUCACACAUACACAAGCAAAGGAAUUGAU